GAGGGUUUAUGUAUGAGCCAGACCCUGUCUUUAUCAGCUUGAAAUGUCUGCUUAACUAAUUUUUAAUUAUUUCGUUUCCAUUUUUCCUAUAUAACUUCUACCCGACUUCGGAAAGAUAUCAGUUUACAGCUUCACUCCUACCUUUUUGUCUUAAUUUCUGGUGCGACUUAUGAUGGCGGGUGCUAAAACUACUACCUUUGAGUUUAUUGUAAAGCAAGGAGAACCAACUUUGGUUCCUCCUGCUGAGGAGACAAAUAAAGGCCUGUAUUUCCUCUCAAACCUUGAUCAGAACGUCGCGGUAAUCGUUCAAACUAUUUACUGUUUUAAAUCAGAUUCAAGAGGAAAUGAGGAUGCUGUGGAAGUUGUCAAGAAUUCCUUGUCCAAACUACUCGUUCACUACUACCCACUUGCGGGGAAGUUAAUUAUCAGUGUAGAGGGGAAGCUGAUAGUGGACUGCACAGGUGAAGGUGCUGUUUUUGUUGAAGCUGAAGCAAACUGUACUAUUGAAGAAAUAGGAGACAUCGCAAAGCCUGAUCCUAAGACUCUUGGUAAGCUGGUCUAUGAAAUUCCUGGAGCUCAGAACCUACUUCAGAUGCCUCUCCUGGUGGUUCAGGUGACUAAGUUCAAGUGUGGGGGAUUUAUAAUUGGGAUGUCCAUGAACCACUGUAUGUUAGACGGGAUUGGUGCUAUGGAUUUUAUGAAUUCAUGGGGUGAAAUUGCCAGAGGCUUGCCUCUAAAGGUGCCUCCAGCUCUAGAUAGAACCAUCCUGAAAGCCCGAAAACCACCUAAGAUAGAGUUUCCACAUCAUGAAUUUUCACAGAUUGAAGAUAUAUCAAACACCAGCAAACUUUACGAAGAAGAAAUGCGCUAUAAUUCCUUUCUAUUUGACCUGGAAAAGAUUGAAAAACUCAAGAAAAUAGCCCUGGAAGAUAAAAAGCUAAACAAAUGCACAGCAUUUGGAGUACUCUCAGCUUUCGUGUGGAGAGCUCGAUGUCAGGCAUUAAACAUGAAGCCUGAUCAACAGACAAAGCUCCUGUUCCCUGUGGAUGGACGAUCAAGAUUUGUACCUCCAUUACCUGAAGGCUACGCGGGCAAUGGAAUUGUAUUGACAAGUGCACUGUGCACUGCAGGUGACCUUUUGAAAAAUCCCCUAUCAUAUGUUGUUGGACUGGUUCAAGAGGCUGUUCUAAUGGUUACUGAUAAUUAUAUGAGAUCUGCUAUAGACUAUUUAGAAAUAACAAGAGCCAGGCCAUCUUUGGCUGCAACUCUUCCUAUCACAACUUGGACUAGACUUCCUUUCAACACUAUAAACUUCGGAUGGGGAGAGCCAAUUUAUGCUGGUCCUGUGGCUUUGCCUCAGAAGGAAGUGAUUCUGUUCCAAUCUCAUGGAAAAGACAGGGAAAUCAUAAAUGUGCUUCUGGGUUUUCCAGCUUCUGCCAUGAAGAGAUUUGAGGAAUUAGUGCAGAUAUGAAGAUAAACAAAGGAUUGAGUUACCAGUAAAUAAAUUAUAAGUGUUUGGAAAAAUAAAAGUUGUUGAGCCAGAAAUGCACAUGGUUUGAGUGGAAGGAAGAAUACAAUUCUACAGUGCAAACUGAUGUCUUAUUUUCGAUGUAUUUAUGUUGUAUGUGUAAGAUAUAGUGGCAAACCUAUAAAUAAAAUUUAGAAGGUCAAAAUUAGAAUAUCACAAA